UUGUCAUACUUUUUUGUAAGGAGUAAAUGGCUUCUCAUGGUGUACCUUCCUCUUCUAAAGAAAGGACUCGCCUCUCUUCACUUAAUGUACCACCAAGUUAUCGCUUGCCCAUCAUGGUCUUGAGAUUAUCAUGCUUGAUUCCGGCAGGCUUAGGUGUUUACAACAAUAUUACCAAAGCAUACUCUCGAACUACACUGGACAGUACAGGCUUAUUCCAAAAUAAAAGUACACCACUAAUCCACAAUGUCGCUCUCGUUUGGUGUAUUCUUGCAGGUUAUUGGAGUUGGAUUUUAACAACGAGUAUGCUUCGAAGAUGGUUACAUCAUUAUGAAAUUAGCAGUGCCAUGGUUCGUUUAAUUACGUUAACUGUCAUUAACUGGUCAGUGUCCGCUUUUCUCAGUUCUCAUUACGGUAUUGAUCAGCCCAUUUGGAAGUGGAUGACGAUUUGCCUCAUCUUUUUAAUAUCCAACGUAUUGAAAAUCACCUUGACAUCCAAUCCCAGAUACUAUUCUCACAUUGAGGAUAUGCAAGAACCACGAGCCAAUCAUAAAUCGACGUUUGUACGAGUGUUGAUCCUGCCCUUAACCGUAGUGGUGUUCAUUACCAUGUUUGCCUCUCUUUAUCAGGUAGGUCAAAUGAGAAGACAGUCUUCUGUUUUGGCUGAGAUGCGCAUGGUAACACCGGUUGGACGACAACAUCCUCAAUUGGCUGAAUCGGAAGUACGUGUCAUGGUCUUUGUACUCUCGGCUUGGACACCCAAAAGUGUACAAAAGAGAAAGGUCUUUCGGGAGACGACCUUGAAGUUGAUGCCAAAGGAUAGUGAGCAUAUUUCAUAUUUUUAUCGUUUCAUCUUGGGUCAACCACCCAAUGAUCAAGUCAAGGAAAGUGUAGGUCCCCUAAUUGACCAAGAAAUUGAGGAUUACGAUGAUAUUUUAUUAUUGCCCUGUUCGGAUUUGUAUCAGGAUUUAAGUCGAAAAGUGUAUGCUGCUUUUGAAUGGGCUGAUGAUUACAGCUUUGACUAUUUUUUGAAAACGGAUGACGAUAUUUUUGUUCGAUGGGAUACGGUGAGUAAGGAGAUGGAAUUGGCGGGACGUACACAACGUUAUUGGAGAGGAUUGGCAUACUGGAAUAUACCACCAAUUAGAAGUACUGAAAAUAAGAACGGUGAACUCAUCUAUCCAUUACCGAUUUUCCCUCCUUAUACUGCAGGUGCACUUUAUAUUCUCUCACGAGAUGUGGUGCAUUUAAUUGCUGGUGUCAAAGGGCCUCGCAUGUUUGUCAAAAAUGAAGAUCAAAAUCUAGGUAUCUGGUUAUAUCCGUUCAAUAUCCUACCCAUCCAUGAUCGACGUAUUCAACAAAUAGAUGUAUGCGAAAACGAUAUGAUUGGUAAACAUUUUGGUGAUUUUGGUGAAGCAGAUGCGAUUGGUGGAACCAUGUAUGAUAUGUUGGACAAUUUAAAGAACGGUCGCAAGAUGUGUGCAGGAUUUAAAACGUCCGUGUGUGGUAUGUGCUAUCCUUGUCAUGGUAAAGGAAAUCAUUGGAAAGAAUGGAACUUUGAUUGUGACGAUAAAAAGGGGGUCACUUUACUGAAUAUGCCGCAGCUUACGGUCAUGGAAUAAAUCAACUACCUACAUAGACUAUCUUCUCUGCCUGCCAUAGAUACCUCCCCCUCCUCCCUCCCCUUCCCCACAUUUGUACAGUGACCUCCAGAAAAAAAAAAGGUAUGGUCAGAUUUUCUAAAAAGGCCAUUACCUUAUUUUUAUAUUUAGAUUAGUGGGAGAUUUACAAAAGAAUAUCACAUAACAUUACAAUGUAAUCUUGUUUUUUAAAAUAUAUAUAUGAUUCAUUUUUGCCUACUU